CGGCUGGCUAGCGGGCAGGCCGGGCAUCAGCGCAGGCGCGCGCGGCUGGGGCUCGGCUCCGGGGCUGGCGGUCGGACAGCCUCUGGCACGCUCAGUCCGGGCUUGGGGCCCCGCGGCGGAGACGGAGGUAGAGGGGGCGGCGGCGGUGGCGGCGGCACCAUGUUUCUUCACUCAGUCAAUCUCUGGAACCUGGCGUUUUAUGUCUUCAUGGUCUUCCUGGCAACCCUGGGGCUGUGGGAUGUCUUCUUCGACUUCGAGGAGAAUAAGUGCAGUAUGAGCUACAUGUUUGAGUACCCGGAGUAUCAGAAAAUAGAACUUCCAAAGAAACUGGCAAAACGCUAUCCCGCAUAUGAGUUGUAUCUUUAUGGAGAGGGAUCCUAUGCUGAAGAACACAAAAUUCUCCCUUUGACGGGUAUUCCAGUUCUCUUUCUUCCUGGUAAUGCUGGAAGUUAUAAGCAAGUUCGUUCUAUUGGCUCCAUUGCACUUAGAAAAGCAGAGGACAUUGACUUCAAGUACCACUUUGACUUCUUUAGUGUGAACUUCAAUGAAGAACUGGUGGCUUUGUAUGGUGGAAGUCUUCAGAAGCAGACCAAGUUUGUACAUGAAUGUAUUAAAACAAUUCUCAAACUCUAUAAGGGUCAAGAAUUUGCUCCAAAAAGUGUGGCAAUAAUUGGUCAUUCUAUGGGUGGCCUUGUUGCAAGAGCAUUGCUUACACUGAAAAAUUUUAAGCAUGAUCUGAUAAAUCUUCUUAUUACACAAGCCACGCCUCAUGUUGCUCCUGUGAUGCCAUUAGAUCGUUUCAUUACUGAUUUUUAUACGACUGUAAACAACUAUUGGAUUCUAAAUGCUCGACACAUAAAUUUAACCACACUUUCUGUAGCUGGAGGAUUCCGGGAUUACCAAGUUCGUUCAGGAUUGACUUUUCUGCCAAAAUUAAGCCAUCAUACCAGUGCCUUAUCUGUUGUGAGUUCAGCAGUGCCUAAGACCUGGGUCUCAACAGACCACCUCUCCAUUGUGUGGUGUAAACAAUUGCAGUUGACUACAGUUCGAGCAUUCUUUGAUCUUAUUGAUGCUGAUACUAAACAAAUAACUCAAAAUUCCAAGAAGAAACUGUCAGUUUUGAAUCACCACUUUAUAAGACACCCAUCAAAACAUUUUGAGGAAAAUCCAGCUAUAAUUUCUGACUUAACAGUGACAUCUAUGUGGGUUCCAGUAAAAGUGUCCAAAUGGACCUAUGUAGCUUACAAUGAAUCUGAGAAGAUAUAUUUUACAUUUCCUCUUGAAAAUCAUAGAAAAAUCUACACUCACGUCUAUUGUCAGAGCACUAUGCUGGAUACAAAUAGUUGGAUUUUUGCUUGCAUAAACAGCACUUCUAUGUGCCUGCAAGGGGUUGAUUUAUCAUGGAAAGCUGAACUGCUGCCAACAAUUAAGUAUCUGACAUUAAGACUUCAAGACUAUCCAUCUUUGUCUCAUCUUGUUGUUUAUGUACCAUCUGUUCAUGGAAGUAAGUUUGUUGUAGAUUGUGAAUUCUUUAAAAAAGAGAAAAGAUACAUACAGCUUCCUGUAACUCAUCUUUUUUCCUUUGGAUUGUCUUCAAGGAAGGUGGUGUUAAAUACAAAUGGCCUAUACUACAAUAUAGAGCUUCUGAACUUUGGACAGAUAUACCAAGCUUUUAAAAUCAACGUGGUAAGCAAGUGCUCAGCAGUCAAAGAAGAAAUAACCAGUAUCUAUAAACUUCAUAUUCCUUGGUCUUAUGAAGAUUCACUAACCAUUGCACAGGCUCCAUCUUCCACAGAAAUUUCUCUGAAACUCCAUAUUGCUCAACCAGAAAAUGAUACCCAUGUGGCAUUAUUAAAAAUGUACACGUCAUCAGACUGUCGGUACGAGGUGACAGUUAAGACUUCCUUUUCACAAAUACUUGGACAGGUAGUUAGAUUUCAUGGUGGAGCUCUUCCUGCUUAUGUUGUAUCUAAUAUCCUUCUUGCUUAUAGAGGACAAUUAUAUUCUCUUUUCUCAACAGGUUGUUGCUUAGAAUAUGCUACCAUGUUGGAUAAAGAAGCCAAACCAUACAAAGUUGAUCCUUUUGUAAUUAUCAUUAAGUUUCUGUUGGGGUAUAAAUGGUUUAAAGAAUUGUGGGAUGUAUUAUUGUUACCAGAAUUAGAUGCCGUCAUUUUAACUAGUCAGAGUAUGUGUUUCCCCCUGAUAUCCUUGAUUCUCUUUCUGUUUGGAACGUGUACUGCCUACUGGAGUGGCCUACUGUCUUCUGCAUCUGUGAGACUUCUUUCUUCAUUGUGGCUAGCUUUGAAAAGACCCUCUGAACUUCCUAAAGAUAUCAAGAUGAUAUCACCAGACUUGCCCUUUUUGACAAUCGUCUUGAUCAUAGUUAGUUGGACAACUUGUGGAGCACUAGCCAUACUUCUUUCUUACCUUUACUAUGUGUUUAAGGUUGUUCAUCUGCAAGCCAGCUUAACAACUUUUAAGAAUAGCCAGCCUGUGAAUCCCAAACACUCUAGAAGAAGUGAAAAGAAAUCCAAUCAUCAUAAAGACUCCUCAAUACACCAUCUUCGUUUAUCUGCUAACGAUGCUGAAGAUAGCCUUCGCAUGCACAGUACUGUAAUUAACUUACUAACAUGGAUUGUAUUACUCAGCAUGCCUUCUCUAAUUUAUUGGCUAAAGAAUCUUAGGUAUUAUUUUAAACUUAAUCCUGAUCCAUGUAAACCUUUGGCAUUUAUCCUUAUUCCGACUAUGGCAAUUCUUGGAAAUACUUACACAGUUUCAAUAAAAUCAAGUAAAUUGUUGAAGACUACUUCACAAUUUCCACUUCCUCUGGCUGUUGGUGUGAUUGCUUUUGGGUCAGCACAUUUAUAUAGGGUUCCAUGCUUUGUCUUCAUUCCUCUUUUACUCCAUGCAUUAUGCAACUUUAUGUAAGAUUGGACUUAAGGAAUGACGAAGAUAAUUUAUGUGUUUAGGGCCAGUGAUAAGAGGGAACACACAGAUCCAUCAGUAUGGACAGCAAGAUCCUUUGGAGAAGACAAGUCUAUUUUUACAAUAUUGAAAAUAGGACAUUAGUUUUAUAAUGUUUGAGGGAAGUAGUUGAAGCAUGGUUUUGUUUUGUGGUGUGGAAUCCAUGUACUAAUCAUUUUUGAAAAAUUCAUGAAGGGAUAUAUGGUGAUCACUAUCAUUGAGGACUCCUGUGCAUAUCAAAUAGUCUGUUUUAUCAACCAUACGGGAAGUCUGAUAUAAGAGAUUUAGUAGAUGCAGCAUUGUUUGUAAUCUCACUGCAAGCAUUCUGCUCAUUUCAUCAAAACUUUUUUCACAAAAGUAGGUUAUUUUGAAUUUGCUAUAGUUUACCUAUUAAGAAAUAAGUCUUUAAAUAACUGAUGAAAUUUACAGCUGUUUGGUUUCUCAAAGGUUAAAUAACCACAGAAAGCCUUUGGUUAGUUUUUGGCAGCCACCAUGAACAAAGUGGAUCUUGUCUUCUUACAUCUAUGAAAACAGAGCUUUGAAUGGUAAGGAGACAUGUUUUCUUGGUAACCAAUGCAAGAUUGAUGGGUGGAAACAUGAUUCAAACUUAAACAAUUUUUCUUGCUAUUUUUCAAAUAUGAAUCUUAUUAUAUAUUCUCAGUGAACAUCAGGAGACUAUUAAAGAGGUCUGUUGUUAAAUGUAAAGAAAAAAUGCUCAUAGCUAUUUGCUUCCUGGUAUUGGAGCAGUUCAGUUGUUUAGUUUAUAUCAUUGGAUUCAAUUCAUUGCACCAUGGUUGCCAAAAGUGCCUAAGGUCAUAAUGGAUUGUUAAAAUAACUAAAUUCCAGUGGUUGGAAACUCUAGGUUUGUACCAUUUUUUCUGCUGUGGGAAAAAACAACAACAACAACAUGAUCAAGGUAACAUCACAUUUGAUGUAUAAUAUUAUACUAUUAAUGGAAUAUCAGUAGACAACUGUUACCCCAUUAAUAGCAUGAGUAUAAACAGUACGCCUGAAUAAAUUGGAGACAUUAGCCACUAGGUUUAACAGUGGAAUCUUGAUUUGCCUAGGUGACUUCUGGGAUUACUGUUUGACAAACAAGAGAGUAACAUUUUAUUUCAUUUCAGAAUUUACUUCACUUUUAGCUACAAGAGUAGGAAGAAGGUAAUCGGCAGGGCAGAAGAGUAUACUCUUUGCCUUAGGAUAGCGUAAACUCAGGCUGAGACAUACCCAGCUUAUAGAGUUCUUCUAGAUGUGUAGACUAUGAAUACCCAAAUCCUCUUAACUAAAGUUUUAGUGAUUCCACAAAGCCUCUCAUGUAAAUUUCCAGUGAUUCCACCAUUGCACUUGUGAACAUGUAUCCUUGUUAGUACCCAGGGAUGUCCUCGAGCACCAGUUUCAUUUUAUCUGCCAUUGCAUCUGGAUUCCAUUACAGCCUCUCAGCUGUUACUGCCUGUGGACGGUUACUUCUACUUACUGCCUGUAGAGAGUUACCUAACUUCUCUUCUCAGUUCUUCCUCAGGUCCUGGCUAUUUUGGCCUCAGUUGAAGGCUGUCUUGCUCUCACCUCUGAGGGUUUUAAGUUUGUUUGAUCUCGUCUUUUCUAGCUUCGAGCGUGUUUUUCAGUAUUCAUAUUUUCACUUACUGAGAACAUUAAAGGGAAAUGAUAAACUCAUGGUGGGGAUAUGGCAGACAGGUGCUUGUUUGAGAGAAGUAGCAGAAGGGGUAAAAUACAAAGUGCUAUAUGUUUCAGCUGGAGAGGAAAGAGAGAGAAUUUAUUAGAUUAUAUACUUGUCCCAUGGCAUACCACAUAUAUAUUUAAAUAGGGACACAUCUCCCUAUGUUUAACUAUACUUAUAAACAACUUUGAUACACAUUGCAUCUUUUAUUCUGUCACCUGAUAUUUAAGUGUAUCUCAAGUUACAGAUUACAUGUGUCCUUAAACUAUUUCUGAAUUUGGACUUAGUUCCAUAUACAGAAAGAACUUUAGAAAAUUCAUUAAUUUGGAUCUUCUAUUGAUAGCUAUAAAUAUUGUUUAUGUAUUCUAAAACCUCUUUGUUAGUACUGUUCAUGAAUGUAACAAGCUUCAAUUUCUCAUUUGUGAGUAGUACAUUUGCUUUUUGUUUGUUUGUUUGUUUGUUUGUUUGUUUUUGAGACGGAGUCUCGCGCUGUCACCGGGCUGGAGUGCAGUGGCGCAAUUUCAGCUCACUGCAACCUCCACCUCCCAGGUGCAAGUGAGGCCCCUGCCUCAGCCUCCCGAGUAGCUGGGACUACAGGCACCUGCCACCACACCUGGCUAAUUUUUGUAUUUUUAGUAGAGACGGGUUUUCACCAUCUUGGCUAGCCUGGUCUCAAACUCCUGACCUCGUGAUUUGCCCGCCUCUGCCUCCCCAAAGUGCUGGGAUUACAGGCGUGAGCCACCAUGCCCAGCCGUACAUUUACUUUUUAAAGCAGCAGACUAGGUACACUAAUUCUCACUGAAAUAUUUUCAUGGGAAUGUAGUUAUCACCAAGUCCUAAAGUCUUAUUCAUGCCAAAAAAAAUUUCAUUUUAAGGACUACAAAAAUGAUUCUAAUUAAACAUUUUAUAAUCAAUAGUAGGUUGAGUCUUUAGCCAUUAUAUAUGUAUAUAUACAGACACAUAUGUAUACACUUACAUUUUGACAGGGUCUUCAUUGAGUCUUGAUGCACUUUAAACCCAACUGGCUACCAGAGAUGCGAAGGUAGGCUCUUUGAAGAUUAGCAAAAUGGAUGUUUCUGUCACUUGAGAAAAGGAAAGUCCUUUGCCUUUAAAUUACACAGUUUCCAUCAUGCCCACAGUCUAUAUUAUUGGCUGGUUAAACAGCACUGUCCUAUUAGCAAUGUUAACAAAAAUGAAAUUAUUUAUUGGCAGUUAUAGAUUAUCUAAUUCAGGAAAUUUCUGAGCUCAACUUUUACAGCAACUGUUACGCCUUCUAAUUUAGCAAUUGUUGAGUUAUGAGUAAGUUUUGUGCUUAACUCCUAGACCCUAUUGUUGAUAACCAGAUAAAAUAUAGUCUGUACAGAGAAAAACACUGGGUACAUUUAGUAUUUCUAAAGCCUCCUUUGGAGUUACUACUGAUUGUAAUUUGGAACUGAUAAUAGGUAGAGAUUGCUAACACUAUUUUUUUUCCUGGAUCUUUUUUAUGCCAGAAAUUAAACAGGUUCUGCUAACUCUUUUUUUUUUUUUCUUGGUUAUCACCAGAAUGAAAACAUUUAAAGUCGUGACUCUAGAAAAGCCAUUUGUGCCUGGUUAACAUUGAUUUUGAGUCUCUUCAAUAUAUAUUGAUCAUGUGUUGAUUAAUCUUUAUUUUUUCAUAUUUUGGCUAGACAAAUUCAGAUCUAUAUAAUGGAAUACCCCUUCUUGAGUGAACUGUACUACUAUCUACAUGAUUAUAUAGUAAGGAAAAAAGAAGAAAUAACUGUAAUAGGCAUAGUAAGUGUUUGUUGUUUGUUGUCUUGUCACUCAUGUGAUACUACACAUUUCCACAAUACACACAAACUUACAUGAGGUGGAUUAUUUGUUUUGUUCAUUAUUUAGUUCCUAUAUGUUUUUUCUUUAGAAACAGAGUCUCAUUCUGUCACCCAGGCUGGAGUCCAAUAGGGCGGUCAUAGCUCACUGCAGCCUUGAACUCUUUGGCUCAGGUGAUCCUCCCAUCUCAGCCUCCCAGAGCAGGUGAGACUACAGGUACAUGCCACUGUGCCUGACUUUUUAAUUUUUUUGUAGAGACAAGGUUUCAAUUUGUUUCCCAAGCUGAUCUCGAACUCCUGGUUUCAAGCGAUCCUCCCACCUCAGCCUCCCAAAGUAGUGGGAUUUCAGGCAUGACCGCCUGGCCUAGUUCCUAUACUUUUCUUAAUUCUUCAGAUUUCUCACAUCUAGUACAGUGCAUUCAUUUCAUCUUGCUGUUUAUUAGCAUCCUUUAUGGCCAAGGGAAAUAAAAGAUGGUAAAAUUCAGUUUUCAGUUUAGUUCUUGAAAGCUCUGGGAAAUGGAGGAAACACAAAACUGUGAAUUAAACUAGGGCUGUUGAUUUCUGAACCCCCAGAUAAAUCAGUUGACCCACACUUUCGUUUUAGGUGUUAGGUCCAAAUUAGCAUAAUGUCUUGCAUUAUUAUUAGGUUCAGUGUGAAACUUUACAGUGCUGCAUUUGAAGUUUUAGUAACUGGUUAUUAUUAAUCAUUUGGGAAAAAUGAAAAUGCGUUGGGACCUUCUAUGACUAGGCAUUUAUUGAUUGUCUUUCAUGAUUGCUUUUUGUUUUCUCAUUGUGUAGGGUUUGUGAACUUGUAUAUCAUAGGAAACAAGAUACUUUGUAAAAUUUACUGGGGAAAAUCCAUUUGGAGUGCAUAACAUUUGCCAGGAUAAGAAAGCAGUAAUAUGUUUGUAUUAUAAAAUUACACCCUGCCAGAAAACUUUCUUUCCUAGUAAGGUAAAUGUAGAAGGGACUUUUACAGCAUAGUAAGUUGAUUAGGAGCCAAAAUUUUGUCCCAGUUUUUUUUUGAACUAAGAAUGUUUUAAAUUCUGUAAUGAACUUUUAUGUUUACCCAUUACUCAUGCAUUCUUUCACAAUAUGUUUAAUAGCCUGAGGAAAUAGGAAAGCUGUGAAGCUACUCCCAUUCUUUACUUUUAAUAAGAAUAAUAGGAAAGAAAAGUCAGGUCAGUAAUCCAAAUCCAAAUAUGUGUACUGCAAAUGCUCAAGAAUUCACAUUUUUUGAUAAAUUGCAUUGAGUACAGAAGAACUUAUAUGAAUUUAUUAUCUGUUAAUAGUUUUGACAACAGAAUAAAAUUUGGAAAUUGUGGGAAUAAUCAAGCUGUUUUUCCAUUAACAGUGUAAAUUCAUAACAUGUCCUUCAAAAGGUGAUAUUCUAAGCUGUCUUAAUUGUCUACGGUUGAUAGCUUUUAAAUAAAGUACAGUACUUUCUGAAAGUGUUUGGCAUGUUAUGCUGCCAAAAACAAUCUGUGUUUUGAAAUACCAAUUAAUCAGUUAAUUUCUGAAGACUUUGUGUAGAACUUGAUAUAUGAGUCAGAAUCUGUCUGUACUCAUUCUGUACAUUGUAACUUUGAACACUUAUGAAAAACUGUAUCUGCUAGUGUGUUUUGAUUAGUGUAGAUUUGUUUGCAUAUUUGAAUUCUGAUUUUAGUUUAGGAAGUCUAAAAGUAGCCAUUUUUGUAAAGUUCAUAUGCUAUUUUUUAAUGUCAUUUUGGUUUUUAAUAUUUAUACAAUAGUGAUGUUACUAGUAAAAAAUGUUUAUAGAUAACACGUAGAACUAUUAACUGUUCAAAAGCCUACGUGAUAGGCAUAUUUUGUAUUUCACGUUGCACUUGUUCUGUUUCAUACUGGACUUUUUACAUCCCUUUUUUCGCAAAAAAAGAGACACAUUUGAAUUCUCUUUAGCAUAAAGCUGUGCAUUGGAAACUAUAUGACUGUAUCCAUAUGGUUAGCAGAAUACUCUUUGCCACCAAAGGUAAAUGAAACUGUAAAAUACCUCUGGAUAUUUGUGCCAAUGAACUUUUCUUAGCAUAUUGGGAUUAAAGCAAAAAUAAUCUUUUCAGUAUGUUUCAUCUAGGACUUACAAUAAAUGUUUAAACCAUGAAAACUUAUAUUUCAUACCCUAAUUUUUCUUUGAAAAUAUUCAAGAUUUGUAGCCUAGUGUGUUCUAUUUUGUGUGAUUGCUUGAAUCUUUUCUGAUUUUAUUGGGUAAAAGUUUGCCUAGUAAUGAUCUUUCAGCAAUUAGUUGAAAUAAUUAUUUGAAGUAAUCUUGCUUCAGAUUUAUUUUUUGAUGUACAUUGUUGUACAAGCCAUUUUAGUACAGGUGUCUCAUUUAUGUAGUUGAAAGUUGACUGGAAUUUCUUUUGUUUUUAAUGUAUUUCCAUUUAGUCUCUUUAUAUAGUCACAUGUUUCACAGGGGAACUUGUCCACUGGAACCUAACAUAGUACAACCUUUUAACAUGUGUAUCUUAAAGGAAAAUAUUAUAAAACAAGAUGUUAAUACUAAAAUGUUAACAUUAAUAUGUUGUUCUCAUGGAAGAAAAGUAGAAAAUAUGAUAGGCUCAGAAAUUAUUUUUUAUCUGCAUUAAAUGCUUCAAUUUCUCCCCAUAAAAAUUCUAAGGUAAUUUCAGUUCCUCAUAUUAUAGUUUUCCCCAUAAUUUAAUAUUACUAUUUCUCUGCCCAGUAAUGUUGAUGCAGUUUGCAUAAAUAGCCUUGGAAGUAAGGAGGCAGGACAGAAAGCCAAAUAUCAAAAUCUUUGGCCUUGAUUUAGUGACAGUUUAUUCUAAUGGGGACCAUAGGUGUUAUUAGUAAAAAGAGGGUGUACAAGGCCUAAAUUCAGUUUACAUUGUUCUUUGAAAUGAGUUCAUCUUUUGUGUUGAAUAAUUGCAUUCUAAGUAGGAGAUGCCUGUAUUUAACAUAAUCAUGCUUUCUACAUAAUCAAAUAUGUAUUUGUUGGAAUACUGGUAGAAAUAACCUUCCCUUCCUCUACUGUGGAGUGGAAAAAAAACUCCCGAUUUAUAUCGUAUAUAAAUUAGGAAACUAUGUUACCAUUUUUAAAAAUAUAAAAAUGACUUAAUAUCUUAUUUUGAAGUGAUUAUAUUAUAGUUUCUUAAACUUAUGACUGGCUAUAAAUAUAACAACAUACCCAUGAGAAACCAGACCAAAAUUGAAUAUAUAUCAUCACUGUGACCUUGAACUUAUAGUCAUUUGGGAUAAAACAGAGUGUGCCUUGAGAUGAUAAAAGAGUGCCCUGCAAUUUUAUAACUGUACAUUUUAUUAUGGGUGGUCCUCUCAAAUUGGCCCCAAAUCCUUGUCUUUGAGGUUGGUGAAAUAAAAGUUUAAAAUAAAAGUUGACUGGUAUUUCCUUUAGAAUUUCCAGAACUAUUGCUCUAGAGGCCUCCCUUAAUUUUCAGAGUUCUCAUUUUGAAUUAAAGUAGACUUAUACUACAUAGAUGUAGAAAAUUAAGUUUGGCUAAGGUUUCUGAAAAAAUAUUCUAGGCGAAGGUGGUGGCAUUGUUGUUCUGAACUUACCACACUUGGAAAAACUAAUCUUCAAAUGUAAUUUUUUGUCUUAUUAAUGAGUAAUCUAUCAAAGACAUGAAUUCUUUGACUUGUGCUCAUUCUUUCUCAAAUUAUUGAGGCUUGUAUAUAUCAAAAGGUUAAUUUACACAAUAAUGAUUUUUAAUAAUUAAUAAACUCAGAUUCAUGUAGUAUAUUUUAAAACAUUAUUUCCCCUCAUUUUUCCUUCUCUUUUUUCUUCCUAUAUAUUUUCAAGGUUUCAAGAGAAAACGGGCUUCAUUUUUUAAAAAAAUGUAGACUUGCAUUUUUACUGUGCUUAUUUAAAAUAAUGGAUAUAAUUUAUAUUAAAGUCCAAAUUAUUUUAUUCACAGGAUAAUCAUGGUCUCUGAUAAAAGAUGCCCACAUUUCUGUGUACUCACAGUUGUAUAUUUUUCAGUUUCAAUUUUGAACGUAAACUCAACACAUUGUUUUCCCAUUUUACCUCCACUACCUACUCACCAGACAAAAAUAUAGAUUUCUCUAAAAACACAUACAAAGAAAAUGUCUUUCCUUAAAACAUGAUCUUAUUGACAUGAACGUAGUUUGAGCAAGGGUAUGUAAUAAAAUAAAUGGCUCUCAACCUGCAUCAAUUUUUAUACUAUAGUUAAAAAAUUUAUAGAGGACAACCUAUGUGUUAUGCUGAGAUAUAGACUCAGUAAUCAUUUGUUUGCAAAUUGAUAAUUUUUUCUCAUCCAUCCAGAAAGUACAGUGCAUAACAACAACACUUAACAAGUGCAGAGGAACCUGUCCUGUAGUAUAUAAUAAAAAAUGAUUGUCACCUUGCAGAUCUUUCCAUUUAAACCUGCAUGAUCUCCAGUACUUUGUACAAUGUAUAGUAUAUUAAAUACAUUUAUGUGUAAUUUCGUGUGUAUUUUUAUAUGGUAUAAUUAAAAUUAUUACAUUUAUGUGAUUGUAAUUCACAAAAAGUACUACUUACUAUAUUCUGUAGAGUGUUGUGAAUGUUUUUACCUGUGUUUCAGCAUUAUGGUGUAGGUUUAAUAGAUGAAUAUCUGCCUUCAGUCUCUGCUCAGGUAUUAAUGUGUAGUAAUUUUUGGUGCUUUCUUUUUAAUCUGUGAUAAUCUGGUGUUCUGAAUGUUCAAAAAUAAAUUUGGUUGAAUACGCA